ACGAGCUCACAGCUGUUUGAAAACCAUGUUACAAAACCUGACGUUUGGUAACAUCGAGUCUGUGACGGAGCCACACACACACACACACACACACACAGACAGAGAGAGGAGGACUCGACCCUGUGACACGAAGAGGCUCGUCCGUGUGUAACUAGAACAACAUUAAGUGUCGCAAUGUCCCGCACCGUCGUGUGUCUGCUGAGAAACGACCUGAGGCUCCACGACAACGAGCUUUUCCACUGGGCUCAAAGAAAUGCCGAGAACAUUGUCCCGCUCUACUGCUUCGACCCCAGACACUAUGUGGGAACACACAACUACAACCUGCCAAAGACCGGACCUUUCCGCCUGCGCUUCUUACUGCAAAGCAUCAAAGACCUGAGAAACACGCUGCUCAACAAGGGCAGCAACCUGGUAGUGAGACGGGGUAAACCAGAGGAUGUGGUUGCCGAGCUCAUCAAGCAGCUGGGCUGUGUCAGCACUGUGGCUUUCCACGAAGAGGUAACUUCAGAGGAGCUGAAUGUGGAGAAGAAGGUGAAGGACGUCUGUGCACAGAUGAAGGUCACAGUUCACACCUGCUGGGGGUCCACACUGCACCACAGAGAUGAUCUUCCUUUUCACCAAAUGUCAAGGCUGCCUGAUGUGUACACCGAGUUCAGGAAGGCAGUGGAGGCUCGGAGCAGAGUGAGGCCGGUGUUUCCAGCCCCGGAGCAGCUGAAGCCUCUUCCUCCAGGGCUGGACGAAGGAGCCAUACCCACAGCACAGGACCUGCAGCAGACAGAGCCUCUGACUGAUCCUCGCUCAGCCUUCCCCUGUAGUGGUGGUGAGAGUCAGGCUCUGGCCAGACUCAAACACUAUUUCUGGGACACUGAUGCAGUUGCAACUUAUAAGGAGACUCGUAACGGCUUGAUCGGUGUGGACUACUCCACUAAAUUUUCUCCUUGGCUGGCGAUAGGUUGCAUUUCACCCAGGUAUAUUUAUCAUCAGAUCAAGCAGUAUGAGAGGGAGCGGACAGCCAAUCAGAGCACAUACUGGGUGAUUUUUGAGCUUUUGUGGAGGGAUUACUUCAAGUUUGUGGGCGUCAAGUACGGAAACAGACUGUUUCAGGUCAAAGGACUUCAAGACAAAUCUGUGCCGUGGAAAAAAGACAUGAAGCUUUUCAAUGCGUGGAAAGAGGGACACACAGGAGUGCCCUUCGUGGAUGCCAACAUGAGAGAGUUGGCCAUGACAGGUUUCAUGUCCAACAGGGGGCGACAAAAUGUUGCCAGCUUCCUCACAAAGGAUCUGGGCCUGGACUGGAGGAUGGGAGCCGAGUGGUUUGAAUAUCUUCUGAUUGACCAUGAUGUCUGCAGUAACUAUGGCAACUGGCUGUACAGCGCUGGUAUUGGAAAUGACCCCAGAGAGAACAGGAAGUUUAACAUGAUCAAACAAGGCCUUGACUAUGACAAUAAUGGCGACUACGUCCGGCAGUGGGUUCCAGAGUUGCAGGGGAUCAGGGGAUCUGACGUGCACGCGCCCUGGACCCUCAGCCCCGCCGCACUGUCACAUGCUCACGUGACCCUCGAUGACACCUACCCCACUCCCAUCGUCAUGGCGCCUGAAUGGAGCAGACACGUUAACAAGAAAUCGGGGGCCACAGGGCCUUCCCCCAGAGGAAAGAAAGGCCCGUCUCACACCCCCAAACAGCAUCAGGACAGAGGCAUAGAUUUCUAUUUCUCCAGAAGCAAGAACCUGUGAUGAGCCACAAACUAAACACUACCGAACACGUGGAUGCUGCUCGGGGGGGAUGGAAGUCCCAUUGAUGCAAACCUGGACGGUUGCUGUCAAUUUUGCACACUGUUGUGGGGGGAAGUUAUCAUGAGGAUUUCAGAAAAUGAAUGUUCCCCUUUAUAUAUUUGCAAAACCAAACUUGACUGUUUUAUAUUUAUGUUCUUGCUUCCUCACAAAAAUGUGACUCUGUGUUUCCUGUUGUGUUGCAGCAGCAGGGAAAGUCGAGCUCUGUUUUUUGUUUUGUUUUUUACACAGUGGAUCAGAUAAAAUUACCCAUGUUGUGUUUUUAAGCUGAUUCUUUUUUUUUACGCCUGUUUGUGUGUUUUUCACACUCAAACAUGUUACUUUGUGUGGAUUUUUUAAAUAAAUGAAACAUGUAAAAAUGA